AUGGGCGUCGUGUCGCCCGGGGUGGACCACCUUGUCCCUUUUCGUUUUCCGCCUGUUCAGCCGCUUAGUUUUGUUGUUAUGCCUCCAAUCCUUUUCAUUCCAACCUUCCCCUCCCAACAGACCAUGCGCAGCAAAGAGGAAGCCCUGGAAACCAACCGACUUCUCCUGGAGACUGAGCGUACAAAGACUAUUCUCGGUCAGUUGGCUAGUCGUUUUUGUCGCCGACACAAAGAGACGCCCGGGUCUCCAAGCUGUUUCGCUCUGCUUGUCAAUCCGACUCGUGUACCGCCCCACUUACUGCUUCGUCGCAUGCCCAAUGGGUAA